GUUCAAUCGACGUGCAUCGAACGGUGACAAUGUUGAGAUAUUGCAUAAUCGUGCAAUGCAUUCUAGCUGCUUCAACAGCUGAUCAUAACGGUUUCGGACCGGGCAGACAGGACUGGGGUCUUGCAAAGGUUCGUCAAGGAGCUCAUAUGUUCUGGUGGUUGUACUACGUCACCAAUCCGGGUGCAGAUCAUUACACAGAUCGACCCAUAGUGAUCUGGCUCCAGGGAGGACCCGGAGCAUCCUCGAGUGGCUAUGGAAAUUUUGAAGAAAUUGGACCAUUGGAUCUAGAUCUACACGAACGAUCGCAUACAUGGGUGAAGUACUGCAACAUUCUGUUCGUCGACAAUCCAGUUGGAAGUGGUUUCAGUUAUGUAGAUGACCCGUCACUGCUAGCAAAGGAUAACGACCAGAUAGCACAGGAUUUGGUGACGCUCAUGAAACAGUUUUACAGAUUGUUCCCGGAGUUUCACAAGACUCCCCUACACAUAUUUUCCGAAAGCUACGGUGGAAAGAUGGCCGUAGAAUUUGCAUACCAACUGGAUCGAGCCAUUAAGGAAGGAUCGAUUGAUUGCAAUCUGCGCUCAGUGGCAUUGGGAGCUCCAUGGAUUUCACCGGAAGAUUCUGUCUUAGCGUGGGGAGAAUUUCUUCUCAACCUCGGAUUCGUAGAUACCAAAGGGUACUCGGUGAUUCAGAAAGCUGCCGAGGGCAUCCAAGAUCUUAUUCGCAUUAAUAAAACUAGAGCAGCAACGGAAAUUUGGAGAAGCAUGCAGCAAUUAGUGACGAACGAAACCGUUGGGAUCGAUUGUUACAACGUUUUGACACCUCAAGAAUUCACAAGUAAAGCACUCGUGAAGAAUGACGAUGAAAUUCUGGAAUUCAGCGAAGACGGUCAUCCCAGCCUUCGAGUAGCACGAUCCAUGGAUAGCACUGAUAAGCUGAAACUGUUGAUGCGCGGUCCAGUCGCUGCCUCUUUGGGCAUCCCGAGUCGUGCCUUAUGGGGUUCUCAAAAGGAUAAGGUUUUCGAAGCGCUGUACGAGGAUUUUAUGAAACCGGCGACCAAAACGGUGGAAUUGCUGCUGAACAACACCAACGUCAAUGUCAUCGUGUACACCGGGCAGCUGGAUUUGGUAGUAUGUACCCCCGGAACCGUACGAUGGGUUGAAAAGCUGCAGUGGCCCGGUAGUGUUGAAUACCUGAAUGCUCCAAGAACCGGUAUGGGGUACUUGGGAGUUUUAGAAGGUUAUGCAAAAUGUUACGAUAGAUUGUCGAUGUAUUGGAUUAACAGAUCCGGCCACAUGGCGCCUGUUGAUAAUCACAUGGCAAUGCAGUACAUUCUGGACAAGCAUGUUCGGGCUUGA